UUUGCGACUGAAAGUUCUUUCCCUCUUCUCUUUUUCAAUUUACUACUAAUUUCGCCUUCAACGUUUCUCUCAAACUUUCCGCCUCUUCUUCUUCUCCAAUUGGAAGUUUUUUGUUAUGUGAUUAAUGGUGUGAAGGACAGAUUUGGAAUAUUGGAGGUCUUUUUUAGAGUUGAGUUUAGAUAUCAAUGGGUAGUUGGAGAUCUGGUAUGGAAUGGAAGAAUUUGAAGAUCUUUUCGGGAAUUUUGCUGAUCUGCGCGGCCAGGAUUUCGUUUGGACUCACCAAUCCUAGUGAUGUUGCUGCGAUUAAUACCUUAUAUACUGCAUUGGGCUCUCCCUUACUCCCUGGAUGGGUUGCUUCGGCCGGAGAUCCUUGUGAUGAAGCAUGGCAAGGCGUAGAAUGUAACGGUUCGGACAUAAUUAGCAUAGUUCUAAAUGCUGCUAAUUUGGGUGGAGAACUGGGUGAUAGCUUGGGAAUGUUUGCUUCUAUCAAGGCAAUAGAUCUAAGCAACAACCAGAUUGGGGGAAAUAUUCCAUCCAGCUUGCCUGUUACCAUGCAAAACUUUUUUCUUUCAGCCAAUAAAUUCACUGGCAGCAUCCCGGAUUCACUAGCUUCUUUGACUAUGUUGACAGACAUGUCAUUGAACAACAACCAACUGAGUGGAGGGAUACCAGAUGCCUUUCAAUCCCUCUCUGGAUUGAUCAAUCUGGAUUUGUCCAGUAACAAUUUGAGUGGACCUCUGCCACCAUCAAUGGAAAAUUUGUCUGGUCUAACAACUCUACGUUUGCAGGUCAAUCAGCUGUCUGGGACGCUAGAUGUUUUACAAGAUCUUCCCCUAAGAGAUUUGAACAUUGAGAAUAACCUUUUCUCCGGACCCAUUCCUGCGAAGAUGCUGAGCAUCCCGAGCUUCAAGAGUGAUGGAAACCCGUUUAAUUCCACUGCUGCUCCAUUGCCUGCUCCAACAUCACCAUUAGCACCACCCCGUUUGCCGCCACGUUCUGGUCAAACACCAACAUCUGAUCAAACACCUGGGAAACAUGCUGACGGACCUUCUGUGUCGGAAGGAUCUACUUCUAGAGAGAAGAAGAAUUUCUUAACUACUAAAAAGGUGGUAUGGAUAUCAAUUGCAGGUGUUUUGUUGUUUAUAAUAUUAGCGUUAGCACUUCUGCUUUUUAUGCCAAAGUGCAUCCGUAGAAGGGAAGAGGCUGGUGGGGCUUUCAAACGACAUCAAGUAGGAGAAUAUAGAGGAAACAGAGAGAACCUUACUGGGAACGGGUCUUUGCCAGCCACAACCAGUCAGACAGAGAAAGGCCCGAAAGUGGCAGUUACGAGACCUGAGGGAGGUAAUCAAACAGAAAGGGGAAGCAUGGUGGCAAUUGCUAAGCCUCAGAACAAGGAAGAGAGAAAUGUGGAAAGGAUAGGCACAACUCCAAAGAGAUUUGACCAUGAGAUAGACAUGAGUAGGAUGACUAGCUUUGAUAUGAUGAUGAUGGAGCCCCCUCCACCAGCACCACCACCACCACCUCCUCCUCCUCCCCCGCCUCCGCCCCCACCCCCUCCUGUACCACUUUCUGAGAAGGUCAUUGUGAAACCCAUUGUGCCUGAAGCAACCGCAAGGCCUUCUGCCAAAACUCCAAAGGCAUCUACAUUUGCAAAGUCUUUCACCAUUGCAGCCCUUCAGCAAUAUACAAAUAGCUUUUCUCAAGAAAAUCUGUUGGGGGGCGGCAUGCUUGGAAGUGUCUAUAGGGCAGAACUCCCGGAUGGGAAGCUACUUGCGAUCAAGAAACUGGAGAAGAGAGUUGCAAGUCAGCAGAAGGAUGAUGAAUUUAUUGAAUUGAUAGAGAAUAUUGACCGUAUCCAGCAUGUGAAUAUUGUCAGGCUAAUGGGUUACUGUGCGGAGCAUGGUCAAAAGCUUUUGAUCUCUGAGUACUGCAGCAAUGGAUCACUGCAGGAUGCACUGCACUCUGAUGAUGAAUUUAGAAAGAAGUUUUCAUGGAAUGCCCGCAUUCGGAUGGCUCUUGGAGCUGCUAGAGCCUUAGAGUAUAUGCAUGAGGCCUGCCAGCCACCUGUUGUACACAGAAAUUUCAAGUCUGCCAAUGUUCUUCUCGAUGAUGAUCUCGAUGUGCGUGUCUCUGAUUGUGGUUUGGCUCCAUUAAUAGCAUCAGGUUCCGUAAGCCAGUUGUCAGGACAACUACAAUCGAUUUACGGUUAUGGAGCACCAGAAUUCGAGUCUGGAAUUUAUACUUCCCAGAGUGAUGUUUACAGUUUUGGUGUAUUUAUGUUGGAGCUCUUAACUGGCAGGAAAUCUUAUGACAGGAAUAGGAGUAGAGGGGAACAAUUUCUAGUGAGAUGGGCAAUCCCGCAGCUUCAUGACAUUGAAGCAUUAUCCAGAAUGGUAGACCCUUCUCUCAACGGAGAGUAUCCCGCUAAAGCGUUAUCACGCUUUGCCGAUAUCAUUUCUCGAUGUGUCCAGUCUGAACCAGAAUUCAGGCCACUUAUGUCUGAAGUCGUUCAAGAUCUAUUGGACAUCAUACGCAGGGAGCGACCGAGUAACGAAUCAAUUGGAGACUGACUUGUAUAAGGCAAUAAUAAAGCCGAUUAAUUAGUUUGUGAACUGAAGUUGCAGAGAUUUGAUCCGUCAAAUGUUGAUCCGAGAAAAUACAUCCAUUGUAAAGGGACAGCAGGUGAAUACUCCUACUAAGGCAACCAAGCUUGAUCCGAAGAGGAGAUCAUGAUGUAGGAAUCCUGUUGCUGUGAGUAGGAACAGUCUGAAAUUUUCUGGUCUGUUACUUUAGUAUUCAUUGUUCAUUAAAAUCAUUUAACCAGGUAUUGUCUAUGGCAUAAAUAUGCUCUAUCCGUUUGUUUCGUGAUACGCUGUUAUUUUGUUACUAAUUAUUCAUUAUGAUUUUGUUUCCAUUUCA